AUGACGUCAGUGGUCCUUAGACCAGCGGAGCCCAGGGAAGAAAAAGCUGUAGGGAGCGGUCUAGCAGUCCAGAGGGAGCUGGUGGAACCGAGGAUCAGGACUAUCUUUCUGGGUUUCAUCAGCUGUCCUAUCAACAUGAAGAGGUCACUGGUCUUCCAUCUAUGCAGUCUGCUAUGUAGCAUGCUGCUGCUGUCACCAAAGGCUUCAUGUCUGUCUUUUCAAAAGCUGGACAAAAGGAACAUCCCUGAUGGAAAUGGAGAGCUUCAUGGGAUGGGUGUCCCUGAAUCACAUCCUGGUGAUUCUCUUCUUCCAACACAGUCUACCAUACUGAACGAUGUCAACGUGUCUGUGACCUUGCCAAAUGCUGUGCCGAUUGUGCCAGAAGAAUUACAAAACAGCACUGAACUUCUAAACACCAGCACUGUUAACCCAAACGCAGAGUUGAGUAAUGUUGGUGUUGCCAAUGAAGCAGUUCCCACUGCUCAGGUUAAAACCUCUAGUGAAAAUGGAAUUCUGAUUACACUUGGUUCUGGCACUAAUUACACCACCAGUGCGAAAUCCCUUGAUGAACCUAUUCAAGCUGAUCCAAAGGAACCUAGCCAGCCUCCAGAUGAGAAUAAUGUAGAUUUAGAUCAAGGCAAUGUGGAAAAAUCACCCCAGCUUAAUACCAUUGAGAUGUUAACUACCCACCCUAGAACCAGCAUUUUCAAAACGGAAGACAACCAUUCCACCACAUCUACUCCACUUAUUGGUCAGAUGACUACUUCUGUUAAUGCAAUGAAGUUUGAAGGGCCUUCAGGCUUGGAAACCUCAACUUUACUCCAGAACAAUGGUAGUUUGUCUUCUACAAUGCCACAAAUAAACGAGGACUGGGAUGACACCAAAGGGACAACACUGAGUUCUAGCACAGCUAGUAGUGAUGUUAUAACGCCUGUUCCAGACCAGGUUUUGGAAAAUGAGGGCAGUAAGAUUGCUGUGUUUACAAUUCAUCCUGGAGUGACCGUCCCUUCCGACGACAAAUCUGUAUUCAGUACUGCCGAAAAGAUGCCCGAAGAAAAGCUUUCAUUAACGGAGACAGAUACAUUGCUUAAGGAGGACUUCCUUACACCACUACCAAGUGCACCUAUUGAUGAUAUCCAAGCUCAAGGCUUUUCAGCAGUGCAUACAGCAGAUGUCAAGCAGCCAGACUCGGACAUAAGUGAAACCACAAAUGUCAUCGUCACACACGCUAUCUUUAUAGAUGUUUCAAGCCAAGAAACCACCAGGAAGGUAGAUUUGAUUGAUAAAGCAGAAGAGACAGUGAUAGAGAAUGCAACUCCAGGGGUGGUGAUAGCCAGCAAUGCGUCUGCUACUGGCCAUCCGACUAUGGCUCAAGCCUUAUCUGCUGAAAUACCUAGCACUGAAGAUCCACUCUCUAAGGAUGAAGAUCGUUUGGCAGGUUCAGUAUCUUCAGUUCCACUACCUGAAGCCCCAGCAGAGAUUGAAUCCACCACCGUUACAAUGAUCACAUCUGCCCCCCAAGUCAGUGUGAUGGCUCCCCCAACAAGACAAGUCACGGCAACACCAGCCUAUGGGCUGGAUAAGCCAGAAUCAGAAGAAGGCGACGAGGAGGAUGAAGAUGAAGAAGAUGAAGAUGAUGAUGAGGUCGAUGAAGACGAAGAAGAGGAGGAGGAGGAUGACAAAGAUAAUGACUCCGUAGAUGACAGCGCAGAAAAAGACUCCGACUUGCCUCUCUUUACCCUCCCUGGACUGUCCUCCCAAGAACCAAUGGAAGAUGAUAACAAUAUCGCUCUCAUAGAUGGAGCGGUUUACCAAGUGCCUGACAGCAUGGAGUGGGAGCAACAGAACCAAGGACUUGUAAGAAGUUGGAUGGAAAAACUAAAAGACAAGGCCGGGUACAUGUCUGGGAUGCUGGUGCCGGUGGGAGUUGGCAUAGCUGGAGCACUUCUUAUUCUCGGAGCUCUGUACAGCAUAAAGAUUAUGAAUCGCCGCAGGAGAAAUGGCUUCAAACGGCAUAAAAAAAAGCAGAGAGAAUUUAACAGCAUGCAAGACCGCGUCAUGCUCUUAGCAGACAGUUCAGAAGAUGAAUUUUAAAUGGGACGGCUUGGAGCUGCAAGGGGGACUUCAUGACAGUUCUGCAAGAUGAGAACACCAGUCCUGCAAUCUCACUGCUAUCAGCCAGCUGUGUAACAACCCUGUAGUGAUCAUCAUGCAUUGAGAACGGCAGCAUGCUGUCUUGUACAUGUCUGUUUUUAUACGACAGUGAAAUGAUACGUGUUAAUAUGCAGAGUCCUAGUGCAACUGUGAUAUAUGUUUUAUAGCAAGCUAUUUUUUGUACUGAGUUACGUUGUAACAAUCACUAUGCUGAUCUUCUUGGAACAAUGCAGGAGGUGUAAAUAGAAAGAAUUAUGGUAACGGUGGAAACUGAGUUUACAGUGUUGGGUAACGGUAAAUUAAAAAAUGUUAAUUAGCCUACCACACAUA